AUGUUGAAAUUACAGCAGCAACAACAACAACAACAACAAUUAUUUGCAUUAACAAUAGCAGCAACAACAACAACGAUAACAACAACAACAACAACAACAACAACAACAACAACAAUAACAACAACGGCAACAAUAACAACAACAGCAACAAUAACAACAAGACUAAUAGAAAGAGCGCUAGUGAAGGGAGGAAGAAAACAAAUAGUGGUUAGGCGGAGAUUGCGGCGAAAGAUUGAUGGAAUAUUUGAGCAUGCUAAACAACAAAUAAAAUGA